AUGUCUUCCACCAAUGAGCAUGGCCAGGGUGCAUCGCACGCCACUGGUCAGAGUGCCGUCCCCAAGAAGGUCCAGGAAGCUGCACCAAAGGGUCUCGAGGAGAGCCUCCCUGAAGGUGUCCACCCCACUGGCAGCAACCCCAACAGCCAGUCUACCAGCAAGACCCAUGCUCUGAACGACGGCGAGGACUCAAUCGUCCCCAAGAAGGUCCAAGAGAUCGUUCCCGAGUCUGUCGAGCGAGCUCUUCCCAACUCGAUCCACAACACCGGAGACCAGUAA